CGUAAUUAGCUGAUGGAGCAGAAGGUAGAGUGUACCUUCUGCUCCGAGUCCGAAGAUGUCUCGCAUAAGCAGGUUCCUUGGGGUUUUAAGGAGAAAUCCCAAGAAAUCCAUAUUUUUCUCCGGGUUAUUUGUAGCAGGUGUCAAUUUUGGCAACAAUAAGUAUGACAAAGGUAAAAGCCUAUAUGAACAGUAUUGUGCUCCACUCUUCCACCUUGCUGGAAUAAAGGUGGCGACAGUUCGGACAGAGCAUGAAGGUCAGGCACAAGACUUGAUGGGUGUCAUGGAAAAUACGAGUGCUGUUGUUGUUGCUGGUGGGGAUGGUACUCUGGCAGAGGUUCUCACAGGGUUAUUACGGAGAGCAGACCAUGAAGAAGCAGCAAGUCGUCUGCCGCUUGGUGUUUUACCGCUGGGAAAAACAAAUUGUGCCACAUCAGCCAUAUGGGGAUUCAGAGGAAAUCCAGAGCCACGGCAUCUGGCAGAGGCAGCAAUGGCAGUCAUUCGUGAUAUCAAGAGGCCUCUGGAUGUGAUGGAGAUUACACCUUUGCAGGGAGGAGAAGAAGGGGUACCUCCUAAGCCAGUAUUUGCUGCAUCCAAGGUAGAAUGGGGAGCUUACAGAGAUGCUAGAGAAAGAAAUGAUGUCUAUUGGUAUUGGUCUGUUUUGAAGAAGUACAUGACUUACGUAUUUUCCAGUUAUAAAGAUAUUUCAUGGGACUGUUCAGCUGACAUAGAGUACUCAACACCUUGUUCAGGGUGCUCGAGAUGUAGAGGCACUGUAAAAGAAGAGCAUAAAGUAGAAGAGACUCCAAAGCCUCCUCAGCGUUGGUGGAUGGCAUAUCUUCCCAGAACCAAACCUGUUAGCACGCCAAAGGAAGAAAAGAAAAUUGACUACAGUAGCAUAAUAAAUGAAGAAUGUGGGGUUGUCAAAAAAACAACGGUCAGUGAUAUAUCUGAUCUGUCUGUUGUAACAAGAAAUACCCCAGAAUCAUUGGAUAUUCCAAAUUAUGCUUUAGCAUUAAAAACAGGUCCCACCAAUGUUGGGUCCUUUGCAUUUAUCCAGGAAGGCUGGAGCAGAGAAUGGAAUAAAUCAAACUCAUAUGAUGCAGAAUCCAUUAUUGGAGAAAUUACUCUAACACCUACAGGAAACACAAAAACAAA